CUGCCUGCCUCUUAGCUAAUCAUGUCCUUCUGGGUUGGCUUCAUGGCUAUUUCUGUAUGGGAAGGUUUGCUCUUCUGAAGUGUGGCUGCGUUGGAUAGCAUGACUAUCUAUCCACCCGCUCUGAUUCAUAGCAGCAUACGGUGCAAAUCAAAUCGAAAUGCUAAAGUUUCCCAUUUAUUCGGUGCUGGUUAGCCAGGAGGCUACCGGCAGCCCCGUAGACAGCAGCAGCUUGUUAGGGAGUCAGCGCCCUUCCCAGGAUGGGCAGUUGGAACCUUUGAACGAGGGUUUUCUUUCUAGAAUCUCCGAUCUGCUACUGUGCAGAUGGACUUGCAGGCACUGCUGUCAGAGGUGCUAUGAAUCCAGCUGUUGUCAGUCGAGUGAGGAUGAAGUUGAAAUUCUGGGACCUUUCCCUGCCCAGACCCCUCCCUGGCUGAUGGCCAGCCGGAGCAGUGACAAGGACGGGGACUCCGUCCACACGGGCAGUGAAGUCCCUCUGACCCCACGGACCAAUUCCCCAGAUCGAAGAUGCUCGUCCUCAGACACAUCUAAGUCUACGUACAGCCUGACCCGGAGGAUUUCAAGUCUUGAAUCCAGACGGCCCAGCUCCCCACUCAUUGAUAUUAAGCCUAUCGAGUUUGGGGUGCUCAGCGCCAAAAAGGAGCCCAUCCAGCCCUCGGUGCUCAGACGGACCUAUACCCCGGACGACUAUUUCAGAAAGUUCGAGCCUCAGCUGUACUCCCUCGACUCCAACAGCGAUGACGUGGACUUCCUGACUGAUGAGGAGAUCUUGUCCAAGUACCAGCUGGGCAUGUUGCAUUUCAGCACCCAGUACGACCUGCUGCACAACCACCUGACCGUGAGGGUGAUCGAGGCCAGGGACCUGCCGCCCCCCAUCUCCCACGACGGCUCGCGCCAAGACAUGGCGCACUCAAACCCCUACGUCAAGAUCUGUCUCCUGCCGGACCAGAAGAACUCGAAGCAGACGGGGGUCAAACGCAAGACCCAGAAACCCGUGUUUGAGGAGCGUUACACCUUCGAGAUCCCCUUCCUAGAAGCGCAGAGGAGGACCCUGCUGCUGACCGUGGUGGAUUUUGAUAAGUUCUCCCGCCACUGUGUCAUUGGGAAGGUGUCCGUGCCCCUGUGCGAGGUUGACCUGGUGAAAGGCGGGCACUGGUGGAAGGCGCUGGUCCCCAGUUCUCAGAAUGAAGUAGAGCUGGGGGAGCUGCUUCUGUCACUGAAUUACCUCCCGAGUGCUGGGAGACUGAAUGUUGAUGUCAUUCGAGCCAAGCAACUUCUUCAGACAGAUGUAAGCCAAGGUUCAGACCCUUUUGUGAAAAUCCAGCUGGUACAUGGACUCAAACUUGUGAAAACAAAGAAGACAUCCUUCUUAAGAGGCACAAUUGAUCCUUUCUACAAUGAAUCCUUCAGCUUCAAAGUUCCCCAAGAAGAACUUGAAAAUGCCAGCUUAGUGUUUACAGCCAUGCCUGAGCUGCCCCGGGCUUCCCUGUGCCCACUCUUCUGGAUGGAGUUCAAAGGCCACUGCUAUAGAUUUUUCCCUCUCAAUAAGACUUGGGCCGAGGCUGACUUCUACUGCUCUGAGUUCUCCAUUGGGAGGAAGUCUGCCAAACUGGCUUCCAUCCACAGCUGGGAAGAGAAUGUCUUUGUGUAUGACCUUGUGAACAGCUGUGUGCCCGGGAUCCCAGCUGACGUCUGGACAGGGCUUCACGAUCACAGACAGCCUCACCCCCCUCUCCUUUAAUCAUUCACAGAUUCUUCCCACCUUGGAAAGGGAGGCAGAAACUUCUAGUUGCCUCUACAACAUCAAUGCACCCCUUAGUCCUUCCAAAAUUCUUCAUUAGAAUUCUAAUGAUGCCGGGAGAGGCAAUACACCUGCCUAAAAAAACUCUAUUUCCUAGAUCCCUUUUCAGGGAGAAUUCUGGCCAAUGAGAUGGAAAUAGAAGUUGUUGGGUAAGGUUUCUGGGAAAGCUCUCUGAAAAGGGGAUGAUAGUCGUGCUUUUGCUCCUACCCCUUCUUUCCUGCCACUUGGCACGUGGAUGAGAGAGCAGUGGCUGCAGCGACUACUUGUGACCGUGAGACGACCUUGAGAUUGAAAGGCACAUGCUAAUGAUGGUUGGGCAGAAAGCCAGAGGAACCUGGAUCUCUGCUGACAAUGCCGAGCUCUCUUUCCGACUCUGGACACCUGCCUCCAGAUUUUUUUCAUGUGAGAGACAACCCUUUAUCUUUACAAAGCACCAUUCCCUGGAUUCUCAAACAGGGACGGUUUUGCCUCGGAGGGAACAUUGGUUGAUGUCUGGAGAUACAUUAUUUGGGUUGUCACAGCAUGGAGGAGGAGAGGACACCUGGCAUCCAGGGACAUCGCUCAUCACCCUAUAACACACAGAAUAGCACCCCCCUCCCUCCCACCACGACACAGAAUUAUCUGACCUAAAAUAUCAAUGGCACCAAGGCCGAGGAACCAAGCUCUCAAGGUACAAAGUCCUAAUUUUCAGCUGGGCACAGGCUGCCAGGAAUAAUGACCGCAUGUGACCAAGAUCUGCCCAAUGCAAUAUGAGUGCCCUUCAAGGAAAAAGUGUGCCUUCUUCUUCCCCUUCUCCCGCUCCCUGAUGUCUGGAAUUCAGACAUGGGGGUGGCCAUCUUGGAACUCACAGAUGGGGGCAACACCCCCAGGGAGGGCCGGCCGACAAGAUGGGAGGAGCCUGCACCCUUAUGACGUCACAGAAUGAGCCCCAGCUCAUUGGGUCCCAGCUGGGACUUCUGCCUGAGAAAGACAAACUUCCAUCUUGUUAGAGCCGUAAUUAUUUUGAGUUUUGGUUACAGUCGUCAAACUGCUGUGCUAACCGACACAAUGUCCUGUCUCCCUCUCCCGCAUUCAGAGAACUUCUGGUCUCUGGAUGAAACCGUCUGGAGCGGCUGCGUAUAUCUGCUUUGUUUUGGUAGCAGACCCCGCAGGAUGGGAAAGCGCUUUCCAGCGGCAAUGUCCUCACCGUCCCGUGACAUUUGCUCUGUUCGUUUAUGCCCACAAGUCAUCUCUCUCCGAGGAUGUGAGUUCCUCACAUUCCCAGACUUUGACUCAGCUCCAUUAAGUCUUUGCCUACAGGGCCUCAGGUGGUCUCUUUAUGCACAAAAACAAUCUCCGGAAUACAGAACAGGUGCACAUUUCUGGAAUUUUAAUCUGUGAUCCUGGGGAGACUGAAAUGAAGGAGUAGGUGCCCAGCCCAUGCUGAUGGGUUUCCUGCCCGGGCUGAGCACAGGUCUCGUCCCUGAUUCUCCCAUCCAGCUUUGAUGGGAGGCUGGGGCUGGUCACCUGGGUGUCAUUCUGAUCUCCAUGGAGUCCUGUCACCCCCACCCUGUUCUUGCAGUCCUGGGGCCACGUGGCACAUAGAACAUAAUCAAGGGAGCAAUGGGAAGAAAGACUGGCCUGGAUAUUAAGAUGUGUGGUUUCUUACUGCCAAACUUGCCUUCAACCAGCGCGGCGUAAUUCUUCCGGUUUGCAAGUGACAAUGCGUCAAAGGGUUUCAGCAAAAGAAUAGGGAAUUUAUUGGCUCCUGUGACUAAGUCCAAAAUCAAGAGAGGGCUGGAUCCAGGGACAACAUUCACUCUGCUUCUAAAUCUUGGAAACUUAUUGCUUUACUGUCUGCACCGCAUAUGCUGGACACGCCUUGUUCUAGACAGCCCAAUAAUAGGCCUCAGUUCCGAGUCACCUUGCCUGGGCCCCCUGCCUCCUUUGUCACCCUCGCUCCUCACGAGAACUCCUCCAGAUGUGCUUUCCAGGCACAAAUCCAGAGUCUGCGCCCCUCAUCACCUCUAUGGGGCCUCAUCACACCCAAGUGCCAGUCACCUGCUCUCCUCCCCCCAGGGCCUGGAGAGGAACAAUUAGGGACAGCCCCAGGGCCCAUUGAAGUUAUUCAAACCUGCUCACCCUGCCUCACCGGUCCCUUCCCCCAGAAACCACAAUAAAGACUCUCACCCGA